CUCCGUUCCCUUCGAAGCCAAACCAUGAGCUAGCUCUAUUCUCGACUAUCGUCACCGGAAUUGAUGGAAGAAAUCUUCUCUCCGGCAGGCCGGACUUCCGUUCGGAUCGCCGGAAGCUUGCCGGAGAAUUUCCUCUCCUUGAGAACCUUUCCCUAGUAGCGUGUUCGGCGAACCCUAAGGAGGAAAGGUGGCACCUUCAUGGAGAUCGGACGUCAUUUCGAUCGCUGGGCUUUUGCUUUGGGAAAUUGCAGCGAGAUUGAUGCAUUAAUGGCGUCUUCGUUUUCAUUAAUGAGCCUUUGAUUGCGUUUUUUUUUCGCUUUUUGUCUUUUUUGGUUGCGACUUUAAUGGGUGCUUGGUUCGUUCUAAGAGUUGUCAGAGAUUUCUAGUUUUAGUUUCUUUGCGUGAUUUCGUGGUAAGGGAGUGUAAAGGGAGAAAUCGGCGUGGGAUCUUCUCAUUUAUCGCGAAUUUUGCCAUCUUCGUACCGUGAUUUCGUGUUCUGGGCGUCGAAUUUGGGUAGGGGUUUAGAGUCUGGGGGCGUUCGGGGAUGGAACGGUGGUAGAAGAACGGGUGUUUUGAUCUCCGAAAGCGGAUGCCAUUUCAGAUGAAGAUCCAGCCGAUCGGGCCGAAGGGAGCGGUGCGGACUGAUCCGGCGAAGCCCGCCGGCAAGUCGCGGCUGAAGCGGCUCUUCGAGCGGCAGUUCCCGAGCGUGCUGAGGAUCUCCUCCGCGGAGAAGCUCGCCGUCGCCGCCGUCGGCGAUGGCAAGGACAGAGGGAGGGACGAUGGCGAGAUGGUGGACCCAAGCUCGCUGUGCCUGGAUAGAAUGGUGCUGAGCUUCAUAGAAGAGGGAAAUGAGAAGCCGCCGCGGAGCCGCUGCAACUGCUUCAACGGCAACUGCGACGACAGCUCCGACGACGAAUUCGACGUCCGCGCCGGCGAUGCUCCCGCAGCCUUCGGCGACGCGGCGGAGUUCAUUAAGGGCCUGGUGCCAUGCGCGAGCGUCGCGGAGAGAAAUCUCUUGGCAGACGCCUCAAAGAUCUUGGAGAAGAACAAGAACUGGAAGAACAGAGAUGAUUGCCGGAGAAUCGUCACCGACGGGCUCCAAUCCCUCGGCUACGACGCCUCCAUCUGCAAGUCCCGGUGGGAGAAAACCCCUUCAUUUCCGGCCGGGGAGUACGAGUACGUGGACGCGAUCGUCGCCGGCGGCGAGCGGCUGCUUGUGGACGUCGACUUCCGGUCGGAGUUCGAGAUCGCCCGGUCCACCAAGAACUAUCGCGCGGUCCUCCAAUCCCUUCCAUCCGUCUUCGUGGGAAAGCCCGACCGGCUCCAGCAGAUCGUCGCCGUCGUCUCGGAGGCAGCGAGGCAGAGCAUGAAGAAGAAAGGCCUCAGCUUUCCGCCAUGGAGGAACCCGGAGUACAUGAAGGCCAAGUGGCUCUCCACCUACCAGCGAACCACCGCCGUCAUCACAGCCCAACCGGAGGACGAGUCCGACGGCGGGAAGGCAGAGUCUGGGGGCGAUAGCAGAGCGCCCUGUUCCAUCUCGGCCGUCAAUUUUUCCGGCGAGUUUGAGCUUCGUUUCGAGGACGAGUCCGGCCGCUCCCCAGCCGCCAACCCUGGCGUGGCAGCGGAGAAGAAGAUCACCGUCGUGGUGUCGCCGUGGCAGCCGCCGGAGGUGAAGCCCAAAACUCUGAAGCCGGGGACCAAGGUCGUCACCGGCCUGGCUUCCGUCCUUUGAGCCCGAAUUUUGGGGUUUUUGUUCAAAAAUUCGGUUUUUUUUUUCUUUUUCCUGGUCUUGCUGAGAGAAAAGAGAUAUAUAUAACAAAUUCUCUCUGCGUUUCUUGUCCUAUAUUAAUAUUCCUACCUACUGUUAUAAAAUAUAAUCUAAUAUUUUA